GCCUGCUUCUCAACAAAGACGCUGCUGAAGUUAGCAUGUGCGCUAGACACGUCAGGAUAGUGACUUUAGAGAAAACAGUACACGUUGCUCGGGUAUACUGCUUCAUGUGACUAUAGUACACAGCUGUGUUCAGGGUUUAGUGUUUAAAGCGAAGGGUUUGUGUAGCAACCUUUUGUGCGAGUUUUAAUACAAUACAACAUAACAACACAACACAAUACAAAGAUGGUAGCGAUGACCAAAAGAAUGAAGAUCUUCCAGAUCGUGUUCAACGAUCCGUCCAAGACUUUUUACUGCAGUGGGGAUAAAGUGGCCGGAAAGAUAGUGGUGGAGGUGAACGACAUCACCCGGGUCUCGGCCAUGAGAGUGCUCGGUAUCGGCUGCGCUAAAGUGGAUUACGCCAAGGGCAAGCAGAGAUGUCGGCAAGAAAUCGACUACCUAAAGUAUGAAGAAGUGGUUCAUCUGGACGACCAUCCUGCAGAUACUGAUGGCUCGGUCAUCCUCAGGCCUGGAAACAAAUACGAAUACACCUUUGGCUUUGAGCUUCCACAGCAAGGGCAGAUUGUGUCUUCAUAUGAGGGAAAGUUUGGUAGCGUGCAGUACUACGUCAAAGCCUUGAUGGAGAGACCGUCUCAGUCCACGCUUGAGUGCAAGAAAACCUUCGAUGUGGAAGAGCCGCUGGACGUGAACACGCCAGACUUGCUGUCUCCUGCUGGCGGCAUGAAGGAGAAGAAGGUCACCUGCAUGUUCAUCCCUGAUGGCCAGGUGUCCCUGAACGCCAAGAUCGAAAGACAAGGCUUCUGCGAAGGAGAAGAAAUCUUAAUCGAUGCCAAGUUUGAGAACACCUGCUCACGCAUCGUGGUGCCCAAAGCCGCCAUCGUGGCCAAACACACGUACCAGGCCAACGGGCACACCAAAGUGUUCACGCAGAAGCUUUCCUCAGUUCGUGGGAAUCACAUCAUCUCGGGGAUGUGUGACGCGUGGCUUGGGAAGACCAUCCGCGUGCCUAAGAUCAAACCUUCCAUUCUGGGUUGCAGGAUCAUCCGCGUGGAGUACGCCCUCAUGAUCUACAUGCACAUUCCAGGCAGUGAGAAGCUGGUCCUGGAGCUGCCCCUGGUCAUCGGCACGGUGCCUUACAGUGGCCUUAGCAGCCGCAGCAACAGCAUGAGCAGUCAGGAGAGCACGGCUUCCAACAGCUGGGUGUCCCUGCGCAUGCCGUCCUCGUGUCCACCCAGCUACUGCGACAUAACGCGCGAUACCCGCCUUGACCAGCCGCUCACACCACUGCUGGACGACUACGACGGAGGGGACAGUCCCAUCUUCAUGAACAGUCCACAGUUCACCUUCCCUCCGCUUCCACCCUACUCAGAGGUGGAGGAAGAGUGCAACGGGAACAGCCACGGCAACGCCCACAUGCUUCCAGUGUGUUGAGCAGCUUCCUGAUACCUGUCCUAAGCAAGUCAGUGUCCCCUCUUACCAUUCAGGAACCGUUGAAGCUUUCUCGAAGCUGAGGAUGAGUUAAAAGCCAGACAGAGGGGCGAGAGACAGACGCAGAGGGUCCAGCGUCCCGGGUUUUCCAUGUCUGUGCUGUCACGACGCUCCAGCGAAGCUUUCCGAGCGCGCGUUGUGGUGAACUUUCAGGGACUGAACGAGCGCACGUUCUGCUGUGCAUCGUUUCACUGUUACAAGCCGCCCAUCUUUAGCUUGAGAUUCCUGCUGAACCGAAGCUUGUAGUUACUCUAAGACACAUUCCCUUAAACAAACAAAAAAAGGGCACAAAGCAACUUCUCAGCUUUCAGUUCCUCACCUGUUACGAAUCAUUCUAUAGAAAGUAGGAGACUUCAUUUGAGGAACUCUUUGAUUUUAUAUGGAUCAGUGUUUAACGAAGCUGUUUCUUCUGUAAUAAUGCACUUUCAUAUGGAUGCAGUUUGCUUCCUGACUGUCUGAAGAGACUACUCCUGAAUUGCCUUUUUCAUUAUUAUUGUUAUUGUCUUCCACUUUUCUGUUGCUUCCUCCUGUGUGAUCUGUACAUCACGAAAGCUCCACUGAUGCACCGUGUGUUUGAAUGUGGGUUUUCCUACUUAGCGGGCCAAGCGACACCCUGACACUACAAGUGCCAAAGUCAGGGUGCUAAUGUUAUUUAGCUAGAUCAGGAAAUGCACUGUGUUCUUGAACAUUAUCAAUAAUGUCUUUAUUUUCUUAAUGAUUGCCUUUCAUAUUGAAUUUGAUGAGAUUGUAUGAUGUUUUGCUUAUUUUGUUAUUUUGUAUUACAAAUUAUGUUUUUGUAUUCGAACCCUGUGGGUUGGUUUUCAAUAAAAGACUAAAAAUCUUA